AUGUCCGCCGCCACAGAUAAGGCUCGAUUCUUUCUUGAGAAGUCCGUCCCGGAGCUCAAGGAGUACGAGCGGAAAAAGAUUUUUACCAAAGAUGAAAUUACCGCCAUCAUCAAAAAACGGUCCGACUUUGAGCACAAGCUCAACGCGCGUGGCGCACAGCCCGCCGACUUUGUGCGAUACGUCGAGUACGAAAUGAAUCUCGAAACCCUGCGCAAGAAGCGCGUCAAGCGCCUCGGGGUUCGACAGGCCGGUCACAGUGGUCAGCGACGAAUUUUCUUCAUCCUCGAGCGAGCGACUCGAAAAUUCCACGGCGAUCUUGGUCUUUGGAUACAAUACAUUGAUUAUGCGCGGAAGCAAAAGGCACACAAGAAGCUCGCCAUGAUAUUUACCGACGCUUUACGGUUGCACCCCACCAGUGCAGAGUUGUGGAUCUACGCCGCCAAAUCGGUUCUUGAUGAUCAUGCGGAUAUGUCGCAGGCGAGGAGUUAUAUGCAACGAGGCUUGCGAUUCUGCAAGAGUGCCAGAAUGCUUUGGCUUCAAUACGCCAAGUUGGAAUUGAUCUAUAUCGCCAAGCUGGCUGCCCGUCAACGCAUUCUAGGAUUGGAUGAAGUUCGGACUGAGGCAGUCCAGGAGACCGCGCAGGAUGACCUGGGCUCCGAUAUGAUCACGCUUCCCAAGAUCACCGAGGAAGACAUCAACCCUACUCAGGGCGAAGACGAGGAGGCCCUGCAGACUCUGAAUUCCACACCUGCCUUGAGCGGUGCCAUUCCACUCGCCAUCUUCGAUGCCGCCAUGAAAAACUUCCACAACGAUGACCAGUUCGGAUUCGAUUUCUACGAAAUGGUCUCCGAAUUUGAGGAGGCGCCGUGUCUGGGCAAGAUUCUGGACCACGUGGUGGAGACACUUCAGACACACCAGCCUACCAGCCCCCGGACGCAGAUCUGUUACAUCAGACGGCCGACUACGGGCAUUCGGGUCACAUCACCCGAAUUCCCGCGGGCACUGGGUAGCGCACUUGCACGCCUCAAGGAGUCACCCUUGACUAUCGAUCUCGCGCGCGCGGUGGUCAAUUGGCUGCAGCCCAUUGCAGAGAAGGAGGAGUUGGAUCCUUCCUUGAAGAAGGUCAUCCUGGCGACUGUGCGCAAUGCGGAGCGAGCAUCAUCAAAGGAGUAA